CUAACAAUUUGGUGCCCCUUGAUGAAAGAUUCAACAAGAAGAAUCAAAGCAACAACGAAGCUGGCGAUGGUGAAAGAAGGAAUCGCCAAGUACAAGCUACGCAAACCAAAAAACGCAUAUCCUAA